AUGUUACCAUAUUGGAGCAUUGUACCAGCAUUGCUCCUACUCCUAUGCAAAGAAAUCUCCCCCUACUAUGAUGAUAAAGCUACAAAAACAAUCUGCCCCAGCGGUUUCGAUAACGCCAGGAUUGCGCUCAACCCUGUUGAGCUCCUUCAUAUAUGCUAUAAAUUAAAAGGACCCGAACUUUUCGAAGACAAAUUCACAGACUGCGCUGGGAACUUAAUGACCUCCAGGGUGUACCAUAGUGUAGAUUUUCCAAUACAAAGUGGUAAGUUAUUCUGGACUGAUUACAAAUCUCUGUACCCUGGAGGACCAUUCAUAGACUGGUCAUAUACAAACUCUAUGGGAGUUAUGCUACCGCCACAUUACAACGUAAGUUAUGAACCAGGUUUAGCGUCGGUCGAGGAGGAACUGUGUAUCGUUGUAGACUCAGAUAGUAAUUUCGAAGCUGUGAAGUGUAAUCAGAAGCAUUACAGGUACUGUGUUGUGUUACCUCUCGAAAAUAAAGAGAAAGAUAUGGACAGAGAUGGGUGUGAGGACAAUUACUGGAGGUUUUGGGGUCCGAGACCUACUUGCUUGACUAGUGUGACUCUUCAUGAGAGCAAAACCGUGACCUGGGAACAAGCGGAGAAAUUGUGUGUUAAAAGAAAAGGAAGCCUCUUAAGUACAGGAUGGAUAUAUGCGAGCAGUUCAUUGUUUCCUCCUGCUAUUUUACCCCUUGGUGUUACGCUGAGCGCUGACAAUACAACACUUGAGAUUGUUAACGAUAACAUUAAGAUCCUUCCAUCAGAAUUUGGCAUCAAAAACAAUAAGAUUUCCAAUGCGCGUUUGGGGGCCAUGGUCCACAACUUCUGCUUCAUGGUGAACAGCAGCCAAAAAUUCAGCAACAUAAUUUGCGAAAGACCUAUCAACCUAAGACCCAUCAGUAUGAAUGUCUCUAUUAACUCGCUAAAACAAUUAAUACUCAUAACAAACGAAACAGUAAAAGAAAACAAAAUCCGCUGCUUUACAGAUUCUGUAGGGUACUACCCUCAUACAGUCAAAGUAAGAUACGCUGGACAUUACUAUUCAUACAACCUACAACCCUUAAACGAUGGUUACUACUGGUGUGUCCAUAUUGACUCCAGAAACCACACGGUAUCGGAGUCUAAUAAAGCUCUCUUCAUUCAAAGAGAAGACUUUUUAAUCAAUUCUUUCGCCGUAAAGUUGCGUUUCUCAAAAUGCUAUUUUGACAUAGUCAAUUUCUACAAUGAACUUAAACAAUAUAUUUACUAUUGGAAUAAAUACGUUGAAAACAAUUUUGAUGAUGUCAACAAUCAGAAUACCACUGAAGACGUUUUGAAGUUGUUCAAGGAGAAACAUACUGCAUUACACAGUUAUUAUGCAGAUGUGAUAUCAAAGCAUACGAUAAAAAAGCUGUCUGUUGAUAAGAAGAAUAUGUUGGUACAUGUACGGUUACGUCGUGACAUGAAGCCUGUGUUGCCUGGAACUUGGGCAAAUUUGACCGUGGAGUUCAUGAAACCGGUGUACUACUGCCCGGCCUUUGGUAUGGUGGACAGUGCCCCAAUUGGUACCUCAAUAACUGUUAACGGUGAGACGCACACUUGCACCGGUGACUUCAACGAAGGCGUCCAGUGGGUGACGAAGAACUCUGCGAGCUGCAUCACCACUCCAAAAAAACAGCUGCAGCAUGUAAUUAAGAACCUAUCAGAAUUGGUGAACAAUACUGCUCCCGUGGUUAUCAGCGAUUUAAACCCUGCUUUUGACAAGGUGGAUUCACUUCUAAACACGAAGGAAAGUCUGGAGAACGCAGGACGUUUGCUAAUUCUUCUAGAUCAAGUAGGGGGCAAGGUUGACUUGAACGGAUCACGACAGGUGUCAAUAGUCAGGAAAAAUGUUGCAAUCCUGCUGGCUGACUCCAGUGCAGAACAGCCUGUGAGGGGCUUGAAAAUCGCAGCCAUGGCAGGUGAUGGAGUCCUCAAUGAUGGCCGUUUUGAGAUUAUAUCAGACCAAAUAAACUCGACACAUCUGAUGUCGAACAAGAGCGAGGCUGUGAUCAAUCUUCCUGAGUCGAUAGCGAAAGGGCAACAUCGCAUCAGCUUCGUUGUGUUCAAAAACGACCGGGUCUUCCCGAGUACCCGCUUGAUUACCGUCAACAGCCAGAUUCUGAGUAUCAAAGUGGGAAACGUUACGAAAUUCCACCAUGGAGAAGUAAUAGACAUCCAUUUUAGUCCAUUGCAAGAAAACCUUAAACACAACCAACGUCGCGCUUGUGCUUAUUGGCAAUUCUUUGAAAACGGUACGGGUGUUUGGUCCCGUGAAGGCUGCAUAUUCAUCAAAUCUGGAGAAGAAGGAGUCCUGGAUACAUGUAGAUGUGUUCAUCUUACACACUUUGCUCAAAUCUUAAUUUCAAAAGAUCUUUUCUCUCAAAAACACGAAUAUUUGUUAGAAAUACUAUCCAUAGUAGGAUGUUGCUUAUCAAUUUUCGGCAUAUUAAUGAUUGGAACAACAGCUGCAUUGUUCAAGUCCUGGAGGCAAGAUUACAAUAACAAAAUAUGGCUGCACCUAUGCUUUGCUAUCUUGCUACUAGUCAUUUGUUUUCUGGUCAUCGUGUUUGCAAAAUUCGACCACUAUAACAUCCCUUGUAUGUUGGUUGGAGUACUCUUACACUAUUCUGUGCUGGCAUCCUUCUGUUGGAUGUUGGUAGCAGCUGUGUUGUCUUAUCUGAGAUUGGUUAUAGUCUUUAGAAGAGGCGCCUCUCAUAGACUGUUAAAAUCUGCAGCUUUUGCCUGGGGAGUACCUUGCAUCAUAGUUGGAAUUCUUCUUUCAGCCGCCCCUCACUCAUAUGCGGGACCUUUGGAAGAGAAGCAUCCAAGUGGAGCUUUCUGCUAUCCGUCAGGGCUCGGCCUUUGGUUGGCCGUAUACGCCCCAGCUGUUCUAAUACUACUUGCUAAUUUGACGCUAUACGGUGUAAUAGUGAGAUCUGUGAAUUCAUCUAAAAAGAUCCAGAGGCAUUGUAAUUCAAAAGAAACUCUCAAAUGUGUCUCCGUUAGUUGCCUACUAAUAUUUUUGUUUGGUUUACCUUGGAUAUUUGGGUUGUUCGCCCAUAACAUCGUUUUGGCGUAUAUUUUCACGUUAACAGCUACGUUCCAAGGCUUCAUAUUGUUCCUGUUCUUUAUCGUAGGAAAUAGGAAGACGCGAGAAUUGUGGCUGAAAAAGUUGAAGACCAAGCAAACACCAAAGUUGUCCGCUGCGACCUCGACUUUUGGACUAUAGAGUUAGUUACGCUAGACCAAAGUCAAAGAUUCUCUUGAUGAGGGUCGUCAUGUCCCGUGCUAGCGUUUCAAUAUUUUUCUUUCCAGUCUGUCGGAAUCGUGCCUCCAUCCGACCUCCAUCCUCCAUCCUGUCGGUAUUUCUUUGAAAGCUAAGUAAAAGCCGUGCGGCGUCGCGCUGCGCCGCCUGACGUUGCCAACUUGUGCCUCCAAAGGCGAUACAAAAAGUAACUUAGAUUCUCAACAAUAAGGUAUAUUUCUCUUGUUUUAACUGCCUCGGUGGCCAAACGAUUACCAUGCCGGACUGCCACGCAGAGGUCACAGGUUCGAUUCCCGGGCCGGGAGAAAUAGUUGUAUGGCC